AUGACGGGGGCAAUUUGUCAAGCAGCUGGUUGGCCAGUCACAAGGCUCAGGCUCAGCAAGGAGGAAUGGAGCCGCAAACUCGUCCGCAUGCUCCCGCCGCCGUGGCUCCGCGCGUCUUUUCUGCUCCACUGCACCCUCGCUUUGUACAUCGUCAACACCAAGACCGUGCUGGACCUGUCGCCCUCGAAGCUUGAGCCAGAAAGACAAACUGAAGAGCCCCAAGUCGCCGGUGCCGGAUCUAGACCUCUGGUAGAAACCCCUGACGGCGUCAACUUUGCACGAGACCCGAUAUUUUCGACGACGUCGACUUCUCAGCCUUUCGUAAUAUUGUCAGAAGAUGAUGUUGCGGCCGACGUCAAAGAAAAGCCGACUACCGAAUCUGCUCCAGCUCCCACGGUGCCUGCGUCGACCAUUUCUCCGCUUUUGGUUGUGACAAAUGACGUCAAAACUUCUCAGAGUUCUGGAAGAAUCCCUCAAGGAAGCUCAGAAAUCGACCACUCGGACAUCAAAGAAGCUGUCGAUGAAACUCUUGAGAUUGUCAGCGAAAACGCCAAUCUGAUGGCUACGAUCGCCUCGAAUUUCGCUGAAAAUUAUUCGGAAGCCAGUGAAGCUACAUCUUCUGAUGUGGCUACGACACAGGCAACAGAGCAAAACGAAGAAGACGAUCAAAACCUUGAGAACGUCGAAACGAAGGAUAACUUUGUUCAUGAGAUGACCGCCACUAUUACGUCAUUAGAAAAGGUGCCGGGCUCUGAAAUGAUAAAUCCAGAUGAGACAUUUGAAGAAGGGGCGGCUUCCCCAACAGAAGCUCAACCAGGAGAACUGUCUGAGAUUCUAGGUUGAACCAUUUCAUAGACACAUUUUAUGGUUUGUUUCAGAAAUAAGCGCAAAAGAUCAAGUCGAAAUAGAAGAAGCCUUGAUCGAUCUGCUCCACAUUUUCAUUAUUUUGGCCCCGGCAGUCAACGAAAGGCAGAUUUUCCGUUGGUGGCGCGUCAUUUCAGAAGCAAUACAGGUUUUUUUUUGGCAAGUUAGGAUUUUUCCAAUACGUUUCAAACUUCUCAAUUCUGCAAUUUUUUUCAAUUACUCAUAUAAGAAUUAAUAUCAGGAAAAAAAUUUUUAAUCAACAUUAUCGUUCACAAAAAAAUAAUUUGAAUGUGAAUCUGGUUUCAGUGCUCUCUACGUGACUGCCGAGCAGCGCUUGCUUCAAGAAAAUCGGCCCAAACGGUCGUCAAGUUGCCCGGAGUUAUCCGUCGAAGGCGCGAGGCCAAGCCUUGCCCUUGUCGCGAUUUCGAGGUAGUCUUUUUUUCCUCUCAUUUUUAAUUUCCAUGAGGCACAGAAUCAAAACGUUUUUGCAGAGACACCUGGCUGCGCUGUGA